CUUUUAUCCGUGUACCAUCAUUUAUAUUCGGAUAACCAUUGAGGACCUUUAGUUGGUCAAUAAUGUUUAGCAAGAAUGGCAAUUAACAUGUAUUCCUUGUAUUAAUUAUUGAAAAUACGAACUCUUGAAUGAGUUUCUAGGCAAAGCUUUCAAGACGUUGAAAACUAUAAAUGAACCACAACCGCAGCCUACAACAUUCACAAUCAAAAUCAGCAAGAUCUGAGAAAACCUUCCAAACUUACUAAUCAAUCAUAAAUCACAAUCGCAACUACUUCAGACAAUAUGCGCGGGCACGUAACGAACGAGAUGGAUGUCGUAGGAGCAUCGGCCGAUGAGAUUUGGGCUGUCUACGGUUCCAAAGAUCUUCCUAAGCUCAUCAUCACCCUUGCACCAGGUGUUUUUGAGAAAAUUGAUUACAUCGAAGGUGACGGUGGACAGGGUACUAUCUUACAUAUAGUCAUGGCUCAAGGAAUACCAGAGCCCCGUGAAUGGAGAGAAAAGUUUGUAACAGUUGAUCACUGUAGAAGGGUGAAGCAGCUUCAACAGAUUCAAGGAGGAUAUCUUGAUAUGGGGUUUUCUUUGUACAAAGUCACCUAUGAAAUCCUACCAAAAGACAAGAAUUCUUGCAUCAUUAAGUCAACUGUCCAGAUUGAUCUUGAUGACAAGAAUUUCGAAGCAAAUGCUCGUCUUAUCACCGUUGAUGCUAUGUGGGGUAUGGCAAAAUCAAUUGUCCAAUAUGUACUUGACAACAAAGCUAAGCAGCAGUAAAAAACUUUCAUGGGAUUUAUGGUCACCCUUUUGAUGUUUUACUGUUUUUCAUGUAAUAAAAUGGAGUAUGUUAUGUUCGGGGGAUGUGCCCCCUUCCAAACGUCUUUCUUUUUUUUUGGUCCUGUUAAUUGUUAAAUACUCAAGAAUGUAUUUCUAUUGUUGUUGCUAAUGCGAAUUGGCUUCAGGCCCGUAUCCCUAAUAAUCAUCUAAUUGCA